CUGUGAACCUAUUUCGUUUCAUGUUUCACAAUUUCACAUUUACCUACUCCUUUUCAAAUAUUUUUUACUGCUCCCUUGAAUAAUUUACAAAUUAUCCAGUGAUAAAAAUGGCUAAUAUAGCAGCUAAACGUAUAAAGCGUGAAUUCAAGGAGGUCAUGAAAAGCGAAGAGGUGGUUGGCGGUUCAAUAAAGCUGGAGCUGGUGAACGAUGGUCUGACGGAGCUGAAGGGCGAGAUCGCGGGCCCCUCGGACACCCCCUACGAGGGAGGCACAUUCGUGCUAGAGAUCAAAGUACCUGAAACAUACCCGUUCAAUCCGCCCAAGAUCCGGUUCGUGACCAAAAUCUGGCAUCCGAACGUGUCGUCAGUGACCGGCGCCAUCUGCCUGGACAUCCUGAAGGACCAAUGGGCGGCGGCGCUGACGCUGCGGACUGUCCUGCUGUCGCUCCAGGCGCUCAUGUCGGCUGCGGAACCCAACGACCCGCAGGACGCCGUCGUGGCCAAGCAGUUCCGCGACAACCCCAAACUGUUCGACCUCACGGCGCGCCACUGGACCAACGUGUACGCCGGCGGACCCAACACCAUCUACGACUUCAACGCCAAGGUCCAGAGGCUCCUGGACAUGGGCGUAGACGAGCAUCAGGCCCGCGUGGCCCUGUCCACCUACGACUGGGAGCUCGAGAGGGCCACCGAACAACUCUUCAGUUAGUAUGAAGAGAAACUGCGCAGCGCCGCCUGUGUGCUCCAAUAAAAUGACUCUGUAAUGUACCCGCGAAGCUUACUGUCUCGAGUGCGAUGGAUCUACUCAUUCCGGUUAUUAAAUGUCGUAGACAAUAAAGUUGAUAAUGAAAUUCGAUGACGUCACGCGGAAAAUCGACAGUGGCUGUUUUAUUAUUGUAUUUUUUUUAGCUGUUGAUUUUUUUUUACGCUUACCUAUCGGUUGUUGGGUUGCCACUCGGCUGCGCGGCUCGCUGUGAUUAUUUGCCCGUUUUGUUUUGAUGAGAUGUGCUGUAGGUAAAUUUUAGAUUAAUGUAACAUAAAAUAUAUAUCAGUUCCUGUAUGUGAUCAUAAUCUAAAAGCUAAAUUAAGGAUGGCUUUCACAACAAAGUUAAACAAAAUUAAAUCUGUGACCCCUUGCUCUGAAAUUAACAACAAAGUUAAGUAAUCAAAAUUAAAUCUAUAUCCUAAUGUAUUAAAUUUUGAUUAACUUUGUAAUGCAAAUCACCCUGAGUUAGAGCAACAAUUCCAAAUUUAAAGGUUUUGACAGCACUAAUUUAAGUUGUGGUGCUUCAGAAUUUAUUAUAGUAUUUGUAGAUUUUGGAUUAAGAUCGCAUACAGCAACCAUCCAUAAAUGCGUAUUUUUAGACGAUUCACAGUGUCAGGUCAAAUUAUUUAAUGUGUACAAUUUAAAACUAUUUACUUACCAAUCUGAAAAAUCACAAUUUUCUAUUAGCUAGUUUAAUUCUUCGCUCCUUGUUCUCUUCUUAAACUUAUCUUGUCUUCUACUAGAUGUGACUAAGCACUAAUGUUAAUACUCCUAUUUUGUCUGUUCAUCACUAAAAGAAAUGUCACAUGAAUAUUAAUUUAAAUAACAACUAUAUAUUUUAUCACCGGGUCCGUAUUUGCCUUAUAGCCCGUGAUUAGUAAAAUUGUCCACGUUGCAUCCUAAUUAUUGUAAAUACAUGAUUAAACUAAACACUUGAGUGUCUAUACAUGGAAAAUAUUUACCUUAGAGAUAUUGGGGUCAUUGAAGGAUAAGUGAUAGUGCGUUAAGGUCAAAUUUGUUAUUUACGGUUUGUAGGCCCGCGAUAUUUACCCGAAGUUUGAGGUGGAAUUUAAUAAUUAUUUCAUCUACAGGAUGUUGAUAAAAAAUAAUUGUAAACCGAAGGGCCACACACCUUGUCACUAGAAACAACUAUUGUAAAUACUCAAAAAGAUUCUUAUUCAUGAUGAGUUGGUUUUCUCGGCGUGAUUUUAUGACUGAAGAUUCUAGGACUGAAUAUGGUUCAUGAUAAGCUGUGUGACCUUGUUCGUUUACUUUCUAUAUAAAUUUAUAACAUUCUGUAUUAUGUUUUGCUCAAUUUUAUUAAACUAUUUGUUCCGUGAUAGCCAUCAGCGGGCAGAAACCGUUAACUGAUAAAAUACACCAUUAUUGCACAGCUAUUUACUAGGUUUGUGGUAAUUUUGAGAAAUUCUGCAUCAAGUUUAUUAUUAUUCUAAGAAUUAGAUCUAGAAAUAAUGACGAAUGGAAAAUAACCUGAUGUUACAUGUUAGAAUUAAAUAGGAUGAAAUUUAAUUAUGUAAUUUUUUAAAUAUUGGGGGUGGAUUUAUGGCCAAAUAAAAAAAAAGCGAAAACUGCUACUUGCUUGAUAAUAUUUAUCCACAUUGCUUUAUACCUUAAGUAAAAGUAAAUAAAAAGGUAUUGUAUUUAAUGUUAUAAAUGCCACCCUUAAGUGAAUUAUUAUUAUUGUAUUGAUGCGUAGCUUUAAACUUUAAAUACUAAAAUAUAUAGUAUAAUAAUAUUAUAAUUCAAACGACAGAUAAUAUUUUAGUAAAGAUUUUGUAACGUCAAUCAUAGUAUGUACUUAUAAUAGACUUAUAAAUAUUUAAUCUAUGAAAUUACGUCUGCAUUAUAGCCAACUUUGAUUCAAUCAAUGCAAUCUUCUCUUUGAUAAGGUAAUCAGAGUUUAACACAAGUGUCAAAUAAUCAAUAGCUUCUUUCUGACACUCUUUUCGCAUACCUUUGCAACUUUACUAAUUACCUACCUAAAAUUAAAUUACAAUGAUAUAUAGGUAUAUUAAAUUUGAUUAUACAUCAGUAUAAUCUAAGGUUAUUUAAAAUAGAAUGUACCAAUAAUUAAAUUAAUGUUAAUCAUUUAAGGGUGGUAUCACAGAUAAAGCCUUAAUUAUUAAUUAAUGUAAUUACCGUUUAUGGAGUAACCUACAGCGAUAAUUUGACAUAUAUGUCAUAUAAAUCUGAUAAAAAUAAUUUCAAACGGCCGUAGGUACCUAUCGAUCGACCUAUACUUAGUUCUGUGUAGAAAAGUUGAAUAAAUAAUUAGUAUAUUAAAUGUAUAAA